CGAAUAAACUACUCAUAAGUGGUCUUGAUUAUCUACACCUGCUGGCAUGUUUGGGGUUAAACAUGAAGUGACUCGUGGGGGACGUGACUCGUAAACCAUUGAAGUUUUGGAAGUGUAUCCAUACACUUUGAAUCAUGGUUCUUUUUUUUCGGGGUGCUUUGAAGAAUAUUUUUCUAAAUGGUAAACUGACAUAUACUGUAGCAAAUCCGUCAAAAAAUGGUUUUGUACCGGAGACCACCUUUACGCUGUUCAGACAAAAGAGCGUCGCUGGACACAACACUUUAUCAGGGAUCCCGGGUGUGACAGAGAGGACCCUCAUUGCAGUGAAACCAGAUGGGGUGCAGCGCCGUCUGGUGGGAAAUAUCAUGCAGCGCUUUGAACAACGGGGCUUCAAACUAGUGGGUUUAAAGAUGUUGCAGGUCCCAAAAGAUUUGCUCUCUCAGCACUAUGAGGAGUUGAAAAGGAAACCUUUCUACCCUGGUCUGCUGCACUACAUGACCUCUGGGCCCGUGGUUGUCAUGGUGUGGGAGGGGCACAAUGUUGUCCAGGCAUCUCGGAUCAUGGUAGGCCACACCAACCCAGCUGAGGCCCAAGCAGGCACCAUUAGAGGAGACUUCAGCAUUCAUAUAAGCAGAAAUGUUGUCCAUGCCAGUGAUUCAGUGGAGGGGGCUCAGAGAGAGAUCAAGCUGUGGUUUCAUGGAAGAGAACUUCUAGACUGGGACUGCUGUGACCACAGUAUUACCUACCAGUUGUAAAAUGGAAAUAGUAAAUAAAACUAAACCCUAACCCUAAAAGCAGGAUGAGCGUUAUAAUAUAAUCAAAUCACCUCCUCUUCACCUCUCUUGCAGAUUACCAUGAUUUUUUGUUGUUGUUAAAUUGUAUAUUAAACCCUUUUUACUAAUACUAUUCUCAGAAUUAUUUGGCAUUUGUACCCUAAUACCAUAUUUACCCUACUAAUUGUCUUAAUCUUUUGUAUUUUUGGUUCAGAAAUAUAGCAGCUUUGUUAUAAAUGUUUCUGUGAAGAUGAUUCUCAACCACAACAAAUAAUAAGUAAAUCAUCUUAGUUAUAUGUUAAAGUUGGUAAGUAACCGUUUUCUCCUUUUAUGAUUUUACUAACCUUAAAUCUUUCUUAACAGAUCAUAGUUAAUAAUGGGGAACAAUUGACAAGGAAAAUAUUUGAAAGGUAUUAUUCAACAGCUACCUUGGCCAAAAAGAUAUUCUCAAAGCAUUUGAGAAGAUCCAUUCACACUUCUCAAGAAGGAAAGGUCCAGAACAUAGCUAUUGUCAUUUAUCGGUGCCUUUGUAAUGAUGUGUUAUGAUUUGGGAUACAUGGUUUUAUAUCUGUUUCAUAACUACAAUUAAAAAAAAAUUUGAAC